AGAAUGCCGGUUGCAUGUGAGCAAGGGCUUCCUAGGACAAUGUGGCUGGACCGGUCGACAAGCCAGUUUGGUUACCGCGUGGCUCAACGCGAGAGGAAUGCCCAGCCCAAGCUCGUGAGUUGCGUCCAGAGGCGAGGAGAUGUCGCCGGCCGAAGCAAGCUCGUGCUGCCGGCUCAAUGGUUUCUCGCAAUUGGCACGAUGGAUUCUGCCUGCAAGGAGCGUGAGAGCAAAACGCGUGGCUGCUGCAUGGUCAUCUAUCAGGCCGUUGCCACUCAUCCGCCCCCCCCCCCCCACCCGGGCCAAAAAUGGGGAGCGGCCUGCCGGUUUCGCCGCCGCGGACACCGCCGAGCGCGACGCCUAUUUAAACCGCCCCCUCUCCUCUUUCCACGCCUUCCUUGCUCGGUCCCGGAUCCAUCUUAGGCGGGCGAGGGCUAGCCGAUCCAUGUGGGCGCCUCGUUGUUGAGGGCCAGAGCUCGCCAUGGCCGGUCGGUCCACCAAGGCCCAUCAUCACCACCGCGCCGAGGCGUCGUCCCCGGCGACCUCGGUGGCCGUCGCGGCGGCAAGGGCUAACGACGCCCCGCGGUCACGGGCACGGGCGCGGGAGCGGGAGCGGGAGCCGCAGCCACAGGAGGCGCAUCAGCUGAGGCGGUCCGCGGCGUUCCCGCCGCGACGACAGCUGCACCAGCGCUGCAGCAGCGAGCGGAACAUCAUGCAGCACGGCGGGUGCGGUGAGGUGGCCGGCGGCACCGCGGCCGGGUGCGCCGCCGUGUGCUGCUGCUUCCCCUGCGUCAUGGUGGAGGUCGUCGUACUCGCCACGGUGCGCGCGCCCGCGGCGCUAUGCCGCAAAGCCGCCCGCGCGCGCAGGGGGCGCCGGCGCUCGGCCUCCGCGGGGCAGGCGGCGGAGAUCUACGAGCUCCUCGUGGACGACGGCGGCGUCGUGGAGUCCGGCGCCGGCGCCGCCGAGGCGGUGGCGUUGCCCGUGAAGCCCGGCUUGGACGAGACGGAGGAGCUGGAGAAGGAGGUGUGGGCGAGGUUCUACGGCGCCGGCUUCUGGAGGAGCCCGUCGCGGCUCGGCGACGAGAUCAGGUGAUCGGAGCAGGCCCGCGAGCGAUGCGUAGGCGCGCUUCUGCUUGCGCGUUCUUGAUUGGGUUUCCUUCGUUUUUCGGGGAAGGAACCAAUGGAGAGGGGGAAAAAGAAACUACUACUGUCUGCCCCAUGCUGCGUUCUUGUUCCAUCCUUGUUUUAUUUUUCCUCUCUCUUUUCGGUUUCUUGAAGGGAAAAAUAAUUCUCUUCUACGACGCUACUGAAUGUAAUUAAAUGUAUAUAUUGAAUUA